UACUCGGCCGACAAGGGAAUGGGUUGCAGUGUUGCGUAGUAGGAAGGAAGAUUGUUUUAUUGGUAGCAGGAUUUGUUUUUUAAUCUUAUGAGAGGAAUCAGUACGAUGAUGAGUGACACCGGUUCACGUAUCUACGUGCGCUGUGUGAGCACAUUAAUGGAAAAUGUCAGGACUAAGUGUACGAGCGGUGAUAAUGAAUUGUGAUCCUAGUAGUUGUCCUCGUUUGACAAAAGAAUCCUUGUCGAGUGUCCGUCUCUUUCCUGGUCGUUUACGUUGGUACUCGGUAAUACCGGUCUAUCGAUACGGUCAACCGUGGAAUGGCAGCAGCCUUAAAAAAGAAUCAUUCACGCAGAAGGUUGGCCGCCCUAACAUUUCUUUCGAAUAUUUCUCUCGAUGGCAGCCACCGCGAUACCAAAUUAGCUGUUCUAUCGCGGAAUAGUGUUGCUCAUACACGUACCCUAAGUGAUAGUCAGGCUCAUCAGGUUGAAGUUCGUCAGGCUGAUUUGACUGUUUCUACUGAAGAAGUUGUCGAUGACUCUACAGAAGAGCAUUUAAUAUCCUCAUCUGCAAAGCAAACAAGCUCUCCGCAAUUAGUGCCAAAAAGUGGUGAACACAAUUCAUUUAGUUCAAAUUCUGACGGGGUACUGACUCCUGCGAAGGCAGCAGUGGCUGUUUUCUUAGAACAAGAAAGAAAUUAUCCACAGCUCUCUACUGGAUUUCAUAGUUCAUUCAGAGAACGUACUGGCACAACUGGCAGUGAAUAUUCUUUACCUGAAAGGCGAGUUGGUUCUUUACAAUAUAAAAAGCGUAUAACUCAUCAAACAUCAACUCUUUCGGAAGAUAUAAAGCAUCAAUAUAACAGUUCCAAUGAAAGUAUUGGUUCUUUACGUUCAAAACCACAAUCCUCAAAAUCAAAAUCAAAGACAUCAAAUAAUAUACAAUCUGGUUCUGCAAAUAGUGGCAUAAUACCAGAAGUUACAAGAGAAUUGCGUUUAAUGCAACGACCUGUAAAUGGUUAUAAGUUUGGAGAUGAUAGAUUGGUUUUGGUUUCUAAUAAACGUGUGCCAUUUCUAAUAUUUUCUGCUCUUCCAUAUAAUAAAGGACAAAGAUCUAGUUGGUCUGAAUUGCGUAAAGACACAGGACGAAGAAAAAAUAUAUCUUCACAGAGACCAUUAUCAGCAAUUAAUGAUAAUAUUGACCCUUUUGGUUUAUUGGGAAUAGAGCGUGCUAAAGAUGGCCAGGAAAUAUCUUAUGGGCAGUUGCUUGUCCCAUCUAGACAGUUUCAAAAGGACAAAAAGUUACAUUUUAGUGAUAAUGAGGCAAUAGAACUUAUACCUAACAAACAUCCUGUAGUUUCAAGGACAAAAACUAUUACAUGGAAUGUGGAUCACUCUAAAUGGUGUCUAUCAUAUGAUACAGCUACAUAUCGUACUCAGCAUUUAACGCCCGAAUCUCCACCACUAUCUUUUAAUGCUGAUUCUAAAGCUUAUGAUUGGGAUGAGCAAUCAUUACAAUACAAUCCUAAUUUGUUGGAUGAUCCGGAACUCAUAGCUGGAAAACAUAGAACACUGCUUACAUUUACAUCAUACAUGGCAUCAGUUAUCGAUUAUGUAAGACCAUCUGACUUAAAAAAAGAAUUGAAUGACAAAUUUAAAGAAAAAUUUCCGCAUAUACAACUUACCUUGAGUAAAUUAAGAAGCUUAAAACGAGAAAUGAGGAAAAUAGCAAAAAUGGAAUAUGGUAUUGAUCUCCUAACAGUAGCAAUGGCUUAUGUAUACUUUGAAAAACUUAUUCUUCGAAAUGUUGUUACGAAACAAACGCGGAAAUUAUGUGCUGGUGCAUGUUUGCUUCUUGCAGCAAAAUUGAAUGAUGUUAAGGGUGAUGUCCUUAAAUCAUUAAUAGAGUUUUAUGCGAUUUACAGAGAAUUGAAAGUGUAUUUCGUCUAAACCGCAAGGAUUUAAUUACAUCAGAAUUUGCUGUUUUGGUGGCCUUAGAAUUUGGUUUACAUCUUCCAACAUGGGAGAUAUUUCCACAUUAUCAGAGAUUAAUAUACGAAUCUUGACCUUCUUUCACGACGUUUUUCUUACGUAGGCCCAGAACAUUUUCUUCAUAAAAUUAAAAUUUCCGAAACAAUUAUGAAAAGUACAAUACAUAGAGUUUUUUUUAUAUAAUAACGUACAAAAUUAUAAGUAAAAGGGAAUAAGAAUUUAAAAGCGAAUAGAUACACUAUGGUUACUAAUUAAUUUGUUAUUCUGUAAUAUCGUAAAAAAAUAAUAUGUUGGUAACAGUCAUAAACAGCUUGAUAGGCAUGAAUAAUUUCAGAAGGGAUAUUACAAAAUAUUUCAUUUUUUCUUAAUAUGACUAUUUACAAUAAGUGAGCUUUAAUAAUACGAAGCUCUUAUAUGAUAAAGUUGUUUAAUACUUCGUAAAUUUAUAAAUAUGCGUAUUUGUAAUUAGAGUAAUUGAACGGAAUGGUGGAAAUUGCUGCAUUGUGUGUUAUUAUGCGUAACAAGCUGUAAGAAUCACAAAUAACAGUGUAUACUUUUGAAACAUUGUAAACACUUAAAUAUGUUCAAAUCUUUUAAGUACUUAUAUAAUUUUUAAUUUGUUUUUAAUGGUCAAAAAAUUACGUUAUGUAUAGUACUUAGCGUAGUUAAUAAUUCCUUUCUGAGACACAAUAACUUAUACACAAAGAUGAUGUUAAUUAUACAAUGUUGUAGGUAAUCUGACAAACUUAUAAAGAGGAAACAACAACUGCUAAGUUUAGAGUCAAUAGAGUACUUUUAAAUCUUAGAGACAUCAGUUAUAGUGAUUUAACCAUAUAAAUGUAAAUGCUUCUUCCAAUUUUUAUAAUGUAUAAAUGAAAUUAUGUUUCCGAAGCUUUUAAAGUUCUAAGGUUUACUAUAGAUAUUAAAAAAAGAUUUUCGUGCUUUAAAAAAGUUGCAUAAAAUUUUAUUGUUUCACGAAAAGUUUAUUUUAAAAUAUAUGUAUUUAAACAUUUAAAGAUUUAAUAUUACAAAAUUUUAUUGUUGUUUUAAAUUGCUUUUAGUUUUGUAAUUCUUUUAACAUAUGAUAAAUAUCUAAUUAUAGAGUCAUUAUUUACUGGAAAAAGAUAAUUAUUAAACAUCCAAUUAUAAAAAUUAAUAUUAUUGAAGAAUAGAAAAAUUAUAGAUGAAACUACCAAUGAAGUACUUUGUUUUAAAUGUAAUGCAAAUAUUUACGAAGUUAAGUUAUACUUUUUCUUAUUAUUCAUUAUUUUAAUUGCUUUUGCAGCAAACUUGUGAUGUUUUAAAAUGGUAAAUCCCAAACAGUGUCUUAUUUUUUUAUGUUUGUUGGCUAUUAAUAGGAUGAAUAGGAGAAAGAUUGGCAAAUAUAUUAUAUAUUAUUAAUUAAUAUAUUGUAUAUUAUAUAUAUAUUAUUAGAUAUUUGACAUAAGUGGAAUCUUCUUUGAAUGAAAACUUAAUCGUUUUUUCUUCUUGUUUUCCCAUUUUUUUUAAUCUAGUCAAACCAAUUCAUAAUUCAGUUUAAUUGCUUCUGUUUAUAGCCUUUAGAGUGGUUCAUUUUUAUGGAUUAAAGUUGGCACAGAAAAUGAUUGUACAAUAUUAAGUAAUAAUAAAUUACUGCAUGUGCUUAAAGUGCUAAUUUUUGCAAUCAUGAAUAACAGUUUGCCAAAAUAAAAAAGUUACAAUCAUUUUCCUAAUUCAAUUAUGUCUUACAACUUUUUCAAAGCAUUUGAAAUAUAUGAGAUUGUAUCUAUAAUUUAGAUUCAUGUAAAUUAUAAUAUUGAGAAGUAUGCACACUAAUAAUAUAUAUGUUGCUACUUGCUUGAUUAAACAAAUUACAAAAACCAUAUUAUAAAUUAUUCAAAAUUCGUAUGAUGUAUAUCAAUAUUAUCAAGUAUCCCUUAAAAUGUAAAGUAAAACAUCAGAGAGAUGCUAUAAUAAACCCUUUGCAUAUUUGCUGUAAUCGUACUUUGUAAAUUUUCAGAGGAAUAUUUUGCUAUAAAAUUAACUUUACUCAGAUCUUCUUUUAUGUUAGCUUUCAUUUGCAUACAUAAAGAAGCACCAAAGUAUUUCAGUUCUUUAAAUACUGUUUUCACAACAAAAUUUUGUUGUGCAUGCUUUAUCAUAGAAUUUUACUUGUAAAUUUAAAUUUUGAAAUAUGUGUUAGCAUUAAAUAAUAUGAAAAGGGUACUUUUAUAAAAUAUGUAGGAAUUGUCGGCAGUAUUUAUAAUGUUUUUUAUAUUGAUGUCAUAUCUUUAUAUUAACUUUAAUAGAGAUUGUGUAUAAAAUUAUUGUGUAUAAAAAUUUCUAUUUUAAUAUAUCUUUAGUUUUAUUCGUUGAUUAAUCUGUAUUGAAUAGUAAAUAUUUUUUUAUUGUUAUAAAUAGUACAAUAAUUGUUAUAGUAUAAAAAAAUAACGAGCGUGAAGAAAGCCUUAAAAGUUUUUAUUUUUUAUGUUAAUAAUAUUUAAGACAGGUUUUGACUGUAUUAUUUCAAGAGAUUGUUAUUACGCGUAAAAAUAUACGCUCAAAUUAGAAGAAAAUUGUUAAAAAAAAUUUUUUUACGUGUAUUUCUUUCAGUUUACGUAUGCAACUGAAUGCCAGUAAUAGAUAAUUCAAAUCAGUACAUAUCUUAAAUUUUCAUAAUUUUCAUAAAUCUAUAGUGUUCAUCCUAUAUUAAUUACAUAACUUAAUUUUUUUUAGAAAUUACAAGAAAUUGCAGAAAAUUUCAUAUAAAUACUGCUUUUUAUCGAAGGAGGUUUAUUUGUACAAAAACAUAAAGAUUAAAUGUUAAAUUGUUGUAUGUAUGUAUUUUCAUUGUACAUAAAAAGUUAUGUGUACAAACUACAUUUUUGUAAUGCUAUUGCUGUUAAAUUUUAAUUAUCGUAAUAUCGAAUUUCCAUAUUGUGUUUUAGUAGACUUUUCGGAUAUCGAUUCGCAGGAUUUCAUCAUUGUAAGGACACGUUACUGGCAAGGAUUAUACACUCUUGAUUUUCAGAAUUGAGGGUUAUUAUCUUUUAAUGUUAAUUCUAAAUAUUUAUAGUAUGAUUGAUUAUCGUUUUUUAAUGACUAUCAUGGAAAUGGUAAAUCAUUAUCCUUGUCUGUAACAAUAAAGCAAUGUUGUGAUUUUCA